AUGGGGCCGGACGAGAAAGAUGAACUGCGCAAGUUCAUCGACAAGAACCUGGCUCGUGGUUUCAUCAGACCAGCCUCAUCCCCGUUUGCCGCCAUUCUUAACAAGGCUGUACAUAAACACAGCCCCGCUCGCUGCCAGUGCCUGGCCGCUGCCGCCGGGAGAGGGAGGGGCAAAGAAGGCGCUUCCCCCCCUCCUCACUCCGCCACCGUCAGCCAGCGGGCCAGCCUCGGACCGGACGGCGCCCAAGGGAAGCGAGUGGUCAGAGCGCCGGGCGAGCAGGAGGACCCUGACGGGAUCGCCAUGGCCUUAGCUGACAGCGCUCGGGGGCUGCCCAAUGGGGGCAGCGGGGGAGCCCUGCACGGCGGUGCCCACUCUCAGCACCAGCAGCCCGAGCCGGUGGCGUCGGCGGGCAGCGGACAGUGUAUUUCAAGGUUCACCAACAGAAAGGUUCCUUAUUGUGUCAAAUUCAAUCCUGAUGAAGAUAAACAAAACCUUUUUGUCGCAGGAAUGUCAGAUAAGAAAAUUGUUCAGUGGGAUAUUCGAAGUGGAGAAAUAGUACAGGAGUAUGAUAGGCAUUUGGGUGCUGUCAACACCAUUGUGUUUGUGGAUGAGAACAGACGAUUUGUCAGUACAUCUGAUGACAAGAGUUUAAGAGUCUGGGAAUGGGACAUUCCAGUCGAUUUCAAGUACAUAGCAGAACCAAGUAUGCACUCAAUGCCAGCAGUGACUUUGUCUCCAAAUGGAAAAUGGCUGGCUUGUCAAUCGAUGGACAAUCAGAUUUUGAUCUUUGGCGCUCAGAACAGAUUCAGACUAAAUAAAAAGAAAAUUUUCAAGGGUCAUAUGGUGGCAGGCUAUGCUUGUCAAGUUGAUUUUUCACCUGACAUGAGCUACGUGAUAUCAGGAGAUGCAGAUGGAAAACUCAACAUCUGGGACUGGAAGACAACAAAACUCUACAGUAGGUUAAAAGCCCACGACAAAGUCUGCAUUGGUGCAGUGUGGCAUCCACAUGAAACGUCAAAAGUGAUCACAUGUGGAUGGGAUGGUCUCAUUAAACUAUGGGACUGAAAGCUCUACUAAAUUGUGUGCAUACCAUCUUGAAAAUGCUCCAACGAAGACUUGGUGUGAAAGGGUUUCCCUAGGGAGGAUUAUGUCCUGUAAGAAUCUGAAAAUGGCCACAUGAAAGGGACCGAAGUGGGAAUUUUGAGAUAAUUUUUAGCUAUUGAAAACAAUUAAACUGGGAUACUUCUCUAUGAUUGUCUAAAGAAGCUGAAAUAAACACACAAGCAGGCUCUGCUCUGUUUGGUAAGUGCACGAUUUGUAAGAGUACAGUUUUUCAUAUCUGUAUUACAUAGUAAUAUUUACCUGUUUAUAAAUACUACUUGGCAGUAUUCUUCCGUUUCCAAUUACAUAAAGUAUCACUGAGAUUAUGUUAUAUAUAAGAGAAAUUUGUUACCCAAAACUGUUGCUGUAUUUAAUAGAACUUAUUAGUUGCAUUAAAAUGCACACAGAAACACAAACUUUGAGCAGUUUUUCAUGUCCUCAAUUCAGUUUCUGCAUGUGGGAAAAUUUUCUGCUAAAUCCAACCU